AUGGAUCCAGAGAAUGAGAAUUCAGCCACAGAGGCUGCCGCGAUCAUAGACCUCGAUCCCGACUUCGAACCCCAGAGCCGUCCCCGCUCCUGCACCUGGCCCCUUCCCCGACCAGAGCUUGCUACUCAGCCGUCCGAGCCGCCCGAGGUGGAUCCAGGUCUGGGAGAGAAGGUACACACGGAGGGGCCAACAGAGCCAAUCCUGUUGCCCCCCCGGCUCCCAGAGCCGGCAGGGGGCCCCCAGCCCGGGAUCCUGGGGGCUGUCACAGGUCCUCGGAAGGGAGGCUCCCGCCGGAAUGCCUGGGGAAACCAGUCGUAUGCAGAGCUCAUCAGCCAGGCCAUUGAAAGUGCCCCGGAGAAGCGACUGACACUCGCCCAGAUCUAUGAGUGGAUGGUCCGCACUGUGCCCUACUUCAAGGACAAGGGUGACAGCAACAGCUCAGCAGGAUGGAAGAACUCGAUCCGCCACAACCUGUCCCUGCACAGCAAGUUCAUCAAGGUUCACAAUGAGGCUACCGGCAAGAGCUCUUGGUGGAUGCUGAACCCCGAGGGGGGCAAGAGCGGCAAGGCACCACGCCGCAGGGCAGCCUCCAUGGAUAGCAGCAGCAAGCUGCUCCGGGGCCGCAGCAAGGCACCCAAGAAGAAACCAGUUGUGUUGCCAGCUCCACCCGAAGGUGCCACUCCAAAGAGCCCUGUUGGCCACUUUGCCAAGUGGUCAGGCAGCCCUUGCCCUCGAAACCGCGAGGAAGCUGAUGUGUGGACCACCUUCCGUCCACGAAGCAGUUCAAAUGCCAGCACUGUCAGUACCCGGCUCUCUCCGCUGGGGCCGGAGUCUGAGGUGCUGGCUGGAGAGGAAAUGCCAGCCUCGGUCAGCGGCUAUGCAGGGGGUGUCCCUCCCACCCUGAAGGAAGAUCUAGAGCUGUUAGAUGGGCUCAAUAUAACAUCUUCCCAUUCCCUGCUAUCUCGGAGUAGUCUCUCUGGCUUCUCUUUGCAGCAUCCUGGGGUUACGGGCCCCUUACACGCAUACAGCACCUCCCUCUUCAGCCCAGCAGAGGGGCCCCUGUCAGCAGGAGAAGGGUGCUUCUCAAGCUCCCAGUCUCUGGAGGCCCUGCUCACUUCUGAUACACCACCACCCGCUGCCAGUGUUCUCAUGACCCAGGUAGAUCCCAUUUUGUCACAGGCUCCCACGCUUCUGUUGUUGGGAGGCAUACCUUCCUCCAGUAAGGUAGCCACGGGAAUUGGCCUGUGUCCCAAGCCUCCAGAGGCUCCGGGCCCCAGCAGUCUGAUUCCCCCUCUUCCGAUGAUAGCACCGCCUCCAGUCAUGGUGGGUGCUCCCAUCCCCAAGACCCUGGGGACUCCCAUGCUUACACCCUCUACUGAAGCUACAAGCCAAGCCAGAAUGCCUCAGGAUCUCGAUCUUGAUAUGUAUCUGGAGAACCUGGAGUGUGACAUGGAUAACAUCAUCAGUGACCUCAUGGAUGGGGAAGAGGGACUGGACUUCAACUUCGAGCCAGAUCCCUGA